AUGUCAAUAGGAGACAGUAAAGGCAAAGGGAAGGCCAGCGAGGUGGUAGCUACGGACUUUGCCCACCCAGAAGCACUAUCAACCGGAAAGAUAUCACGUCCGCAGACUCAGGAGGAAUGGCAUGAUUUCAUCACCAAAUAUUCAUUAGGAGAAUACAAUAAUUGCAAUUUCACCGACGAUGGGCCUUCGACAUCAUCCUCACCCCCCAAACCUUCACGUCUCCCUUCAGACGAAAGUCGAGUCACUGCUGGUACUACAGGUACUGCCAAUUCCACUACCAUCACACCUUCUUCUUCCACUUCCGUAUCACGACAACCCUCCCCACUACCAUCCGAUUCCCCACAGCCUCCAAGUCGCCAGAACAGUGCAGCCCCUAUCCGCGAUUCAAGUGAAGAUGAGCCGCACGAUUUUCAUCCCGAUACUUCGUACGCUGGCCCUUCCAACCAAGAUCCAGAUAUACCCAAUAUAGACCAAGAGGAGUCGUCUUCUUCUUCAGCUUCACCGUCGACGAGUAAACGGAAGCCGAAGCAGAAAGAGGGAGGGGAGAAGGGGAAGUCUUACAAAGAUCAAGAAUCGAUGACUACAGAGAAUAUGAGGCAGUUGGGUCUGGAACAGCAGGAAGAUAGAGUGAGGGAGAGGGACACUGCUGGAUUGACCAGAGAUAGAGAUGAUGAAAGUGGGAAAGGCUCGGUGAAGGGAAAAGGAAAAAAGGGGAGAAGGAGGCAUAGGGACCAUGCUGAAUUAGCUUCAGUCGCAAGAUCAGCGGUAUCGGUAGAUUCGUCGGAAGAUGAGGAUCCCUCAAAGAUAAGAACGAGGAGGAGAGUACCUCGCAGACCGCGUUCAAGAGGAAGUUGGUCUCUUAGAUCAAGAUCACCCAACAAUAAUAGUAUGGUCAGACGCGGAACGGGACCUUCACUGGAUAAUGCACUUCUCGAGUCGGGAACGAACGAUUCGACGUCCGUCUCAGCGGUCGAAGCUGAUUACGAUCAUGGUAAAGAACGUGAAAGAGUGAAAGAAUUCUUCGAGACCAACGGAUAUAUGCCUGCUCCCAAGCAAACACCUGAAGCUGCCAGAAGAAGAUUACGUGUGAUACGUAGAUUAGGCUUAGAAGAUAUCGAUCCGUUCCACCGCGAAACACUAGAUAGGUUCACGAGACUGGCUUCGACGGUAUUCAAGACUAGUUCGGCUUUGAUCAGUAUAAUAACGAAAGAUCGACAGAUGUUCUUAUCGGAGAUCGGGAUGGGGAAAAAAUGGACCGAUUUAGAUGUUUCAUUCUGUUGUCAUUCGAUUAUGUCACCAGGUUCUGGGGAACAAUGUAUGGUCGUACCUGAUGCAGCUAAAGAUUGGAGAUUCAAGAAGAACCCUUUGGUGAAAGAAGGUCUUGGUCCCGUACAAUUCUAUGCGGGUGCACCGUUGAAGGUCGGUUCAGGAAACAGAUCAACCAUCAUUGGAAGUCUUUGUGUACUAGAUAGCAAACCCAGAGAUUUUACCGACGAUGAUAGGAAAUUAUUGGCGGAUCUAGCGGAUUGUGUGGUCAGUGAAUUAGAAUUGAUAUAUAGUCAACAAGCUUCGAUCGAAUCUGCGAAAUUACAUCAGAUAUCGGUAGACUUCUUACGUCGGUCUCUGAAACAUCGUCCAAACGAACAAGUUGGACAGAGUAGGACGACAGGUAGGACCGAGACUGGAACAGGAACGGGUACGGGAUCAGGAGGACCGGGGACGGACAAGGGUACAGCAACUUCGUCAAACUCUUCUACCACUGGGAAACGUAUAUCCGGUGCUGAUCAGAAUCAAGAUCAGAACAAUGUGGAUAUAUAUGAUGAAGCGUGUCGAGAGAUUAGGAUCGCGUUAGAUGCCUAUGCUGUAGCUGUGGUUGAUCUAUCGCAAUUCCAUUUGUUUUACCCAACCUAUCAAAAUUCGUCGACAGGUGGCGGAUCAUCAACUAGAGGUGGAUCGUCAACUCUACAUACGAAGAGUCAACAUACAAGUACUACUGGCCAAUCAAGCUUUGCUGCUGGGACGGGAUCAACUGCAUCAAGUACAGCUCGUGGAUUAGGCAGUGUUGGUGAAGACGAUCAAGAUGCAUACUCGAAACCUGUCAACAUCAAACGAGCUAGACAGACAUAUGCCGUUACCGAUCCUCUAGCCCCUAGUAGGACACCUCAGGUUCUGUUCAUUCCUUCUAGGAGAAGAUCAGAUCCCACUAACAAGUAUUCAUAUACCGGUGAUUCGGACUCUGGUUCAUCCGAUAAUCUGGCCGUUCUGGGAUACAGUUGUUCCGAAGAUAACUUCGCGUUCAAUUUCACUUCUUCCCCCGCUGCUCGAAAGAUCAUCUCGGACUUUAUCGCCUCCAACGUCAAAACUCGUAAAGUGUGGUACGCAAGAGAUGAUUCUGAGGGAAUCGCUCAAUCCAUUACUCACUUGAUGCCUCCGGGAACGGAAACUUCCAUGGCAAUGCCGAUUUUCGGAUUUGAUGGUCAAGUGGCUUUUGCCGUUGUAGCCUGUUGGACCGAUCCGCUUUACACUUACCCUGCAGGAGCGAUGCAGUUCGUCGAGACCAUUGCGGGAAGUCUGCUAGCUUCAGUCAUGAAAGAACGAUUACAUCGAGCGGAACGUGCUCAAUUAAACUUCGCCGCUGCUGCUUCUCACGAACUUCGGACUCCCCUACAUCAGAUCAACGCUGCUGCGAGUCUCCUUCGUAUGGCUCUACAUGGUGUAUUAGAUGUGGAUCAGGAGGGCGAAUUGAACACGCAUGAUAUACAACAAGGUGAACUAACCCUCAAAGUAUCUCAGGAAGAUAGAAUAGAAGCUUUAACUCAACUGGAAAUCAUUGAGGCAAAUGGUUUAUCCUUGGGAGGUAUUCUUGAGAACAUUAUCGAUACUUUAGAUAUAGGUAAAAUGGCAUCGAAGGUUGAGCAAGUACAAACAAAUCCUGAUGGAACUGUCAUACCACCUGACCUGCUUCGACCAAGGGAUAAAGCGGACAUCACUGACUUUACCGAAAUAUUAGAAAAUGUCGUAGAUGAAGCUAUGAGGUUGGAAGCGAAGACUAGAAAAAUCGCAACUGGGUCCGGUCUUGAGAACGUAGAGGUCAUAUUGGAAGUGUUACCUAGGAAUAGAGGUGGCUGGAAGAUGUCAACUGAUUCUGGGCCGUUAUCGAGAGCUCUCAGUAAGAUCGUACAUAAUGCUGUCAAAUUUACCGACAAGGGUCAUGUCCAUAUAACUGUGCAAGAUGUUUCAAGAGAUGUGGCUUUACCUGGAGGUUAUGAUAAUUCCAUCAAGCUAUCUACCAUAUCGAUCGAUAUCAAAGAUACGGGUCGAGGGAUGUCAUCUGACUUCUUGGAUCGGGAGAUACUCCGGCCAUUUGCGAAAGAAGAUGCUUUCACACCUGGAUCAGGCUUAGGAUUAGGUCUUGCACAACGUAUGGUCGAACUUCUCGGUGGUAAAUUAGCUAUCGCCUCCACGCUCGGAAAAGGAACCUUGGUGCAUAUCGAGAUCCCACUUCACCUUCUCAACGAGGAUAACGAUUCCGAUCAAGAUGUCAUGGCUAGUGGGAACGAAACUUCCUCCGAGACUGGUGGAGGGAACAACAACGACCCUAUUCGACAAGAUGGAAUCUUCCUUAUCGGAUGGACGGAAUCUAAAAGUCCGUCACUGAGAAGAGUUGGUAAAUCCCUGGCUAGACAAUUGAAGUUGAACUUCUGUCGAGUGGUCAGCGAAAUCAAUUACGCCAGCUUGAUUGUGAUACCUGAAUGUGGUGUAUCGGAAGUCAAGUUAGCAGAACUGUGUAAAGCCGCUAGACCAACUGUACAAGUUAUCAUCAUAGGUAAAGAUCACUCGAUGGGCGCUUUGGCUCCUGCCCUCGGUCCAGCGACUUCCCAAGAACACGCUCAUGCUGUCAACACGAGUCAGCACUUGGAGACCGAAGCGAAGAAACAUGGGUAUAGUCAUGGUCAUCAUCACCACCAUCACCCUCAUCAUAGUAACCAUACUGGAUCCACCUCGCUCGAACUCGACGCUAAAACCGAAGCGGCGAUCGAAUAUCUGAAGACGGUACCUACCAUCCAUCUGAAUCGACCAUUGCGACCUUCGUUGAUCAAGAGGAUCAUGCGACCUGCAGAUCUACCACCACCAAUGAGGGAGAUAUACAAAUCCGAUGUGGUUGGAGGGGAAAAGGCUAAAGAAGAAGUGGAAGCUGAAAAUGCGAAUAUUGCCAGUGGUAAUGCUAGUGGUAACACCACAGGUGAGCCUGAUGUGGUGGAGAAGGACUACGCGGAAACUCCCAGAAUGGACAGAGAAGAUCAAGAUUUGUUACACUCACAGCCUCAUACGGUCGGACAAGAUGCGGCAACUUCUCCUCGUAGAGGAUCGUCAACUCGGAUCGACGUGAACUCAGGUAGUAUAUCACCUAAAUCAAGUUCCGCUACAUUAAGACAUGAUCCACAUUCUCACCAUUCUCAUCAUAAUUCUCACCAUCACCAUCAUCAGCAGCGGCAGUACCCACGAGAUGGAGGUGAUACUUCUGAGUCUUCUGCGGAUGUGAUGACAGGCAACGACCAUAGUGGAGGAACAACCACUGAAAGUAGUCUGAUAAGUGAACGUGGAUAUCAAGCUUCGAUCAACAGCGAUAGCUCGAUGGUUUCCGAGACUAGCGAUUCCGGAGGAUUACCUCUACCUCCUAGAUUCAGAGAGAUGAGGAGCGGAUCGGAUCAUACAGUCAAAGGGAUGAAUGUUCAAGAUUCGGAUGAGUCGUCUUUAAAGGUCCUGGUCGUUGAAGAUAAUGCUGUCAAUAGAAAGAUUCUGACUACUAUGUUAAAGCGUACUUCAUGCCAAUUCGCCGAAGCCGCCGAUGGGGUCGAAGCUGUCGAUCGGUUCAACUCUUUCCAUCCUGAUUUGGUCUUACUUGACAUAACCAUGCCACGUAAAGAUGGAUUCGCCGCUGCAGCCGAGAUGAGACAUCUGGAAGCUACUUUACCUGCUGAUUCGCCAGUCCCACUAGAAGAAGUCAUGAAAGCUUUGGCUGUCACACCGUCUCUCGCUUCUGAUGAUACUCAAGCUCAACCUUCUACUGCUACCACGUCGACAUCACAGAAAUCGACCCCUACACCCACGGCCAGUGCGGCUAGUGCAAGUGCAGGUCCUGCUGAAGGUGGGGUGAUCACACCAUUACUCAGUCCUCCGUCUUCUGCGGGACCUCUAUCGCCUACAGGCUCUCAAUCAGGGUACAACGCGCAUAACCCACCCCGACGAGCCAAGAUCAUCGCUGUCACUGCCAUGUCGGCUGAGCAUCAGCGACGUAAAGGUCUGAUCGAAAGUGGGAUAGACAUGUGGAUGGUGAAACCCAUCGCGAUGAGGGAAUUGAGAGGUAUAGUCGAAAAGAUGAAAGAGGAAAAAAUGGGUUGGUCAAAUGGUAGUAACACGAAUAGUAUCAGUGGAGGAUCGGAAUUGGCAAGGAGCGAUGCUGGUUCAACGAGAACUUAA